CUAACUAGUAAGUAGCAUAGACCCAAAUAACCAGACGUAACCCACAAAGCUAAAUAGGUAUACCAAGCAAGAGUGACAAUAUCGAGCUGAGAGGAUAAUUAGUUAACUCGAUCAAUAAGAUCGAUCAAUCAUGGGUAGUAUUACUAACACAGAUGCCAAGAUUCCAGUCAUAGAUUUCUCCGGCGACGACUUAAAGCCCGGAACAAGUUCAUGGCUCGAAGCCUGCAACAAAGUCUGCAGCGCACUAGAAGACUAUGGCUGCUUUGUAGCAACACUGUCCGAUGCAGACUGUUUAGAGCUUCACAACACCAUCUUUGGUAGCUUGGAUGACUUGUUUGGUUUUGCCAAAGAGAUCAAGCUCCACAACACUUACGAGAAGCCUUUCCGUGGUUACCAUUCACCUAACUCUGUUCAUGAAGGCUUGGGGAUCGAUGAUCCUACAAACCCUGAGGCUACUCAGAAGUUCACCAAACUCUUCUGGCCCCAUGGAAAUCAUCAUUUCUGUGAGACUGCAAAUUCAUAUGCCAAGCUGGUGACGGGGCUAGACCAGACUGUGACAAGAAUGAUAUUUGAGCACUAUGGGGUGGAGAAGUACUGUGAGUCUCAUAUUGGAUCAACUGAUUAUGUUCUUAGACUCCACAAAUACAAUGCAGCAGACAAGGAGAAAACGCACAAGGCUCUUCCGGAGCACACAGACUUGAACCUCACUACCAUCAUUCAUCAAAACCAUGUGAAUGGCUUGGAGGUCAAGACAAAGCAUGGUGAUCAAUGGAUUGGCUUUGAUGCCUCCCCUAACUCUUUUAUAUUCAUGACUGGGGACGGGUUUCAGGUAUGGAGCAAUGACAGAAUUCAACCUUGUCUGCAUAGAGUGACAAUGAGCGAAAAUGCAGUGAGAUACUCGGUUCUACUCUCUACAUUCCACAAUGGGAUCAUAACUGUGCCCGAGGAGUUGAUCGAUGAUGAACAUCCUUUGAAAUAUAAGCCACUGAAUCAUCUUGAUUACCUUGCUUCACAACUUGCUCUAACUACCAGCAGGGUUUGUGUUAAGAACUUCUGUGGUCUUUGAAUAUGCCACAUUGAAGAUGUGUACUACUGAAUUGAGUAUAUAAACUCCAAGAUAUGGAAAUCUUUUUGGAAUAAGAAAGGAAAUUCUAAUUAAUUUUCUUUUA